GCGGGAAGUUCUCUGUCUCUCUCUCUCUCUGUCUCUCUCUCUCUCUCUGUGCCUGCGGCAACAGCGGCAGGUGGUGGUUCUGUUGCCGGGAGGCGCACCGCUGCCAGUCACACGCGGAAGUGAGGCCGCCUCGAGCACUCAGGCUGGAAUUGGAACGAGAGACCUGGGAGCCUGAAAGGAACCCCCAAAGCAGCAUGUGGCGGAGGGGCUCCCUCCGGCACAGCUCCUGAAUUUCGGUUAGCGGGCGAGGGCGUCGUAGAUCCGAGCUAGGAGCGCUCGUCUCCGGGCUCCGUUGGACGAGAGGAGCGCCGGUCUCCCUCCACCAUGCUGGAUGAAAUUCCAUUGAUGCCUUUAUCCCCUUUGGAAGACUAUGAAGGACUGAUACCAUUCCCUAGGAAUUGGGAUUUUGUCCUAGUUUGUGAUGAUCACAAGAUGAACAGUGUGGAGGAUCGCAUGAAAAAGAAGUUUCUGGAAGAACUGCACAAGAAAGGGUUCAUUAUCAAGGAAAUUCAGGACCAAAAGCUCUUUUAUGGAGUUCAUGCACCAAGUGGAAUCUUCCGAAAAUACCAGUGGCUUAUAAAUAAUCCUGAUAAUGAAUUGGGGCAUCUGCUUCCAGAGCAAUUAGAUUACCAAGAGUCAGCAAUCACGUCAACAAGGAUACGUAUUGUGAGCUUUAUCCUGCAAAACACAGAAAUUCCGCAUACCAAAGAGAAGCUUCGUGACCUGAUAAAGAAGAAAGUGUUUGAAACUGCAUUUCCUUUACACGAGAGAGAAAAUCUGGGUAGAUUUCUGAAAAUGAAUUGGGCUCAAUGGAGAGAUCUCUUCUGCAGGCAACCAAUUGGAGAAAUCAGAACAUAUUUUGGGGAGAAAAUUGCUCUUUAUUAUGCUUGGCUGGGCUGGUAUACAUGCGUCCUGUUAAUAGCUGCUGUGCCUGGUUGUAUUCUUUUCAUCUAUGGCUUCAUCAGAUUCAGUUCUGGUCAGAUCAGUAAAGAAAUCUGUGAGGCCAACACUACCAUCAUGUGUCCACUCUGUGACCAGAACUGCCCAUUUUGGAUUUUAUCAGACACUUGCACAUAUGCCAAGAUCACCCAUGUGGUUGAUAAUGAAUGUACAGUUGUGUUUGCAAUAUUCAUGACUAUCUGGGCCACUGUAUUUUUGGAGGUAUGGAAGCGACACAGAGCUAAAAUUGUCAAUCAUUGGAAUAUGUAUCAAUGGGAUGAAGAAGAGGAGGAACUGACUUUGGAGAUCAUUAAUAACCCUGAAAGUACCUCUGACGAGUAUCAGCAUUCUUAUCUCCGCAGUAUAAUUGUGCUUGUUUUAUCUCUUAUUAUGAUAUGUGUGCUGAUUGGAAUUGCUCAUGCCUUAGUCAUCUAUCGGGUUGUGGUGACAGUAAUCUUUACUCAGUCCAAUUCAAAAUUCCUUCAAGAGAAAGCCACUACUGUGGCAGUCCUGACGGGUGCAGUGUUGCACUACUUGAGCAUCGUCAUUAUGAGCAAGGUGAACAAGUAUAUUGCACACAUUCUCUGUGAACUAGAGAGGCCAAGAUCAUUCAGCGAGCGAGAGAAAAGCUAUACAAUUAAAGUCUUCACCUUCCAGUUCUUCACCUAUUUCUCCUCUCUGAUCUACGUUGCUUUCUUCCUAGGGAGGAUUAAUGGCCAUCCAGGAUCUUAUGUACGUGUGGCUGGCAAAUGGAGACUGGAAGAAUGUCAUCCUAGUGGUUGCAUUACAGACCUUUUCAUUCAGAUGUUUGUAAUUAUGACAUUAAAGCAAACUCUCAGUACCCUCAUGGAGUACUUGCGUCCCUGCCUGACCUACAAAUGCCACCUGCUGUGCAGAAAGCCCCAAAGAAUUAAUGUGGAGCAGACAUCCCAGGACUUGUGCAAGGAGGAAUGGCUGUGGAACUAUCAGCUCAGUGAAGUCAAUGUCUUCACCUUGUUUGAUGAAUACAUGGAGAUGAUGAUCCAGUACAGCUUCACCACUAUUUUCGUGGCUGCUUUCCCCCUUGCGCCAUUUCUGGCCUUUGUCAACAACCUUUUUGAGAUUCGGUUGGAUGCUAUCAAAAUGGUGAAACUUCAGAAGCGAAUGGUGCCCAAGAAAGCUAACACCAUUGGUAUCUGGUACUAUAUCCUAGAAACAAUUGGUAUACUCUCUGUCAUUGGCAAUGGCCUAGUUAUUGCCAUCACCUCAGAUUUCAUCCCCAUGCUGGUGUACCAAUAUACAUUCAGUCCAUGCAAGCAGAAGAACAAUACUGGCAUUGACUGUUUGACAGGUUAUGUCAACCACAGCCUUUCAGUUUUCAACAUCCAGCACUUUGAGAAUACUGUGAAUCUGACAGAUCCAUUGGGGAAUGAGAUAACCCACUGCAGGUACCCAGACUACCGAAACAGUGAUGACUACAAUCAUUCUAUUGAGUUUUGGCACAUUUUUGCUGCACGUGUUGCCUUUCUAUUUGUAUUUGAAAUUAUUUUCCAGCAUGUGGCUCUUUGCGUUAAACUAAUUGCAGCAUGGUUUGUGCCUGACGAUCCCAGAAGUGUUAAAAAUGACCAUCUGAAAGAAAAACGCAAGAAACUAAAGCAAAAGCUCAGAGCAAUGGAUGAUUCCACAGACAUAUAGUAAAAUAUGGUGGAUAUAUCACAGGAAUAGAAACAAGUGCUGAGUGAAAUGGUGCUAUAUGCUUUGAAGAUGCCAGAAGAAAUUUGCAGCCAUGCCUGGUCUAUCACUUGCACUGUUCUUGGACUUUAUACUUCGUCACCAAAAUAGCUUUGUAUGGUACAACUGCUUUGAAAUUUCAGUGUUUUGGGGGAAAAUUGGACCAAGUGAAGGAAACAAUUACCAGAUGACAUGUCAUAGUCAAUGUAAUGCAGCACUGCAGAAGGCCAGAAGCAUUUUCAAAUGUUCCAUAUUCUUCUGUAAGAAGUUGUAGUCAAAAAAUCUGUCAAGGUUCCGACAGACAGAGACAAAUAAAGCAGAACUCCGAAGCUUGCAAUUCCUCAAAGAACAUGUUUAUUGAUACAAAGUAUCAGCACUUCAAAAAUGAAACCAAGUCUGAAGAGAUGCAUAACAGUUCUUCAAUACAAAGUUAAGAAAUCCCAUCCCUAAGGUUAUGCAAGCAACUACGGUUCCCCAUACAGCUUGUUGGCAGGCUUUUCAUGAGUCGCCUAGCCCGCAGUCUCGGGAGCAGCCAAUGACCUUGGUUCCCAUGAGAGAAAGUCUGAGAGAGAAAGUCUGUUUUGUCUAGCACAACGCUUGGCAACCCCCUCCCUCCGUGCUAUGUGUCAGCUAGAAAUGAGAAGGAAAAAAUGGCUGCAGCCAUGCUCAUUCUAAAGUUGACAAAAUCAUUUGUGACCUUUUUGUCUCGCUAACAUCUACUCAGACAUGUUAUUUACUUUGUUAAUUCAGAGUGAUAAUCCAGUACUAUCGGAAAUCCCUGCACAGUGUCUCAUUUCUUGUAGAAUAUCAGAACCAACUAUUUAUUGAUAAUUAAUUAGGGUAAACAUAUUCUGCCUAACAGAGCCCUUAGCCAAAUACCCAAUUUGUAGCAGAGACAAUAUUCCCUCUUUACAAAUAAUCUGAAACUGUUCUUUAUAUUAAGGAAGAGCUAAUAGAGAAACACUUUAAAAUGUCUCUUGUCUUUACUGUACUUAUCAUUUCUAGAUUAUUUUCCCAACCUUUGCAUGUCAUUUUGAUAUAUAUAACAGGGUUCUUGUAUGUCAGUUUUUAAGAGUAAUCCAAUUUGUCACUAAAAAUGGGCAGCUUUAUUAAGAUCUAAUGCAUAUAUUGUAAAGUCUACAUGGUUCCUGAUCCCACAUUCUAAUAAGUUGUUCUGGAUAUGCUCUUAUUUGAUUUCUUUUGUGUGUGUUUUUUUAUUUACCUAUACUUUUUCAUUUACAAUUUGGAUUAUUAAGAGAUUCUUCAUGCAAGUGAUUCUGGAACCUAAUAUAUAAGAGCAUUUUGCCUAAUCCAGAAAUCAUGUAUAUUGCUACAAAAAUGAAUUAAUUCAAUCAUCUUAGAGAAUCCUGUUUAUCCCAGAAAGAUAAGUUUACAUAAAUGCUGGGUCCAGUAAAGAGAACUAUGGGACAAUUAAUACAUAUAAAAAAAGGAUUUAUUUGGAAUGUAGCUUGUUGGAAUCUGGGUGAUGUGUGAGAUGAGCUUAAGUUGCUGCAUUUUUAUUUUUAUACCAUUACGUUUUCCUUCCAAUCAAGUGUCUAAUAAUGCUGAAAACCAAAGAGUAGCUGAAAUUUUAUCAUUGCUAUUUAUCUUAUGGAUUUAAAUUUGAAUUUAGUAUCCAUUCCAUUUGUAGCUUACAGAUGAAUAAAACAAAUCAACGUUGAAAUCAAUAUGUUAGUAAUACUCUGUUAUAAGCCUUUAACUUAGAUUCCCUCAUGGUUCCCUAUUUGUGAAUUUUAUUUAUUUGCAUUAAAAUACUUGUAUUACAAACAGACUGUAAA